AUGAACCGCUAUCGAAACGCCCCGGGACUUCGAGCCGGCCCUAGUAAGGCUACGGCGACGACGUUAUGCCAAAAAUGCCUGAAACGAGAUAUCUACGAAUGUAAAGCAGCGGCACAGGAGCGCCCGUAUACAGCACGGCCCUCUCGCACCCAGCAGUUGCUAAAUCCCAGGCUGAUGCCCAAGCUGUCCACUGAGGUUCCCAGUGAUUUUCUGCAGACAAACGGCGUUGCGGAUGAAAUACUCGCCAAGAGGAAUGAGGAGCGCGGCCGGAAGAGAGAUCUUGAUGGAGACGAUACGAGAGAGGGCCAUUCACCAAAGCGGGCAAGAUCACUAUCAUCGCACUCUACAAACUCGAUUUCAACGAUAUCCACAAACCGAUCCGCCUCGGCAUCGCCUGAUCGCCACAGCACGCGGAAGACUCAUUCCAAUGGCGACGUUCCCGGUCUCGAGAAUGGAGUGAGGACAGAAAUAUCCGCCGCCGGCGUCGAGAAAGCAGUCCUGAAGAGCGUGGAAGACAUCGAUACUCGGGACGACACAGUUCCCGAAGAAGAGAUCGACGCAGUCAGAGUGUGA